AUGUCGGCUCAAGACUCGUCUGCACAGCCCAAGCUUGGCCUUCACGCUGCCGACGUGAUCGAUUACUCCGAGGCCGCACGCUCGCUUUCGGGCUACAAGGAUACGCUGCGACAGCCUUAUCCUCCUAUCGAGCCGUUCGAGACGGGCCGUCUUGCCGUCGAUGAGCGACACACGAUCUACUACGAGUGGAGCGGCAACAAGGACGGCUACCCCAUCGUCUGUCUGCACGGUGGACCGGGUGGAGGAAUCUGGUCCGAGGAGCGACGCUGGUUCGAUCCUUCGCACUACCGCAUUCUUUCGUUCGACCAGCGUGGUGCGGGCAAGAGCACGCCCCAUGCUGACCUGGUCGACAACACCACCUGGCAUCUCGUGGGCGACGUUGAAAAGCUGCGCGAGAAGUUCGGCAUCUCCAAAUGGCACGUCUUCGGCGGCUCGUGGGGAUCGACGCUCUCGCUCGCCUACGCCCAAACCCACCCAGACCGCGUCACCGCCCUUAUCCUCCGCGGCAUCUUCACACUCCGAAAGAGCGAGCUCCGGUUCUUCUAUCAGGAGGGCGCUAGCCACCUCUUCCCCGAACAAUGGGACAUAUACAGGGACGGAAUCCCACCCAACGAACGCGACGAUUUCAUCAAAGCCUACCACAAACGCCUCACCUCGGACGAUGCCGCCGUGCGCCUUGACGCUGCGCGCCGCUGGAGCACCUGGGAGAACUCCACGUCGAAACUCUACAUUGACGCCAAGAACCUCGCCAAGGGUGAAGACGACGACUGGGCCCUGGCUUUCGCGCGCAUCGAAAACCACUUUUUCAUCAACCAAGGCUGGAUGCAGGACGGCCAGCUGCUGCAGAGCGAGAAUGUCGACAAGAUCAGGCACAUUCCCGCGACAAUCGUACAGGGGAGGUAUGAUACCGUCUGCCCCGCGACCACCGCUUGGGAGCUGCACAAGGUAUGGCCCGAGGCCGAGUUUCAUAUGGUCCCAGAUGCGGGUCAUUCGGCGAAAGAGCCCGGUCUCACCGACAGGCUGGUCAGGGCGACUGACAAGUAUCGUGAGAUCAAAGGUUAG